AUGGGAAUGGAUGCUUUCAGAUUCUCCAUUUCCUGGUCUAGAGUAUUACCACAUGGCAGAUUAAGUGCUGGAGUAAACGAAGAAGGCAUCAAGUUUUAUAACGAUCUCAUUGAUGACCUCCUGAAGAAUGGUUUGCAGCCUUACGUUACUCUCUUUCACUGGGAUACUCCACAAGCUUUAGAAGAUAAAUAUGGUGGUUUCUUAAGUCCUAACAUUGUAAAUGAUUUCCGAGACUUUGUCGACCUUUGUUUCCAAAAGUUUGGAGACCGAGUGAAGAAGUGGAUUACUUUGAACGAGCCAUGGAUGUUCAGUGUUCAAGGUUAUGACAUGGGCACGAUGGCACCGGGUAGGAUUUCUGUCGUUGUAAAUGAUCCACACCGAUCCUUAAACACUGGCGCCACUGAAGUGUAUACGGUUAGCCAUCAUUUGUUGCUUGCUCAUGCUGCGGCAGUGAAACUAUACAAGGAAAAAUAUCAGUCAUCUCAAGGUGGACAGAUUGGGAUAACACUUGUUUCUCAUUGGUUUGAACCUUACUCAAACAGUGAAGAUGAUCAAAAUGCAACCAAAAGAAGCCUCGACUUCAUGCUUGGUUGGUUCAUGGAUCCUUUAACUAAUGGUGACUAUCCACGUAACAUGCAUGACUUUGUUGGUGGAAGAUUGCCCAAGUUCACUGCCGAGGAAUCUAAGAUGUUGAAGGGAUCGUAUGAUUUUAUUGGAAUUAAUUACUACACAACAUAUUAUGCUCAAAACAUCGAUGCAAAUUAUCAGAGUGUUGGAUUCAUGUCAGAUGCUCGUGCUAAUUGGACAGGAGAGAGAAAUGGAAUCCCAAUAGGUCCACAGGCUGGUGUAAAAUGGCUUUAUAUUUAUCCCGAAGGCAUCAGCAGGCUUUUGAAUUACACCAAAGAUCUAUACGGGAACCCAACAAUUUACAUUACUGAGAAUGGGGUUGAUGACGUAAAUAACAAUGCUUCAUCACUAAAGGAAGCUCUUAAUGAUCCCAUAAGAGAAAAAUCUUACAAAGACCACCUUAAGAAUGUCUUGAGAUCCAUCAAUGAGCAUGGUGUUGAUGUUAAGGGAUUUUUUGCUUGGUCUUUGAUGGACAAUUUCGAAUGGGGAAGUGGUUAUGCUGUGAGGUUCGGCCUCUACUACGUUGAUUACAAAAAUGAUUUGAAACGAUAUCCUAAAAAAUCAGUCAAGUGGUUCAAGCAGUUUCUUAGAAGAGACUCCCACAUCAAGGUUGAAGAUAAUCUGGUUCGGGAUGCUAAAAGGCCAAGAAAUGCCUGAAUGCCUUAAACAGGAUUUGAAGUCAAAGAUGUUAGCAUCUGCAAAUUGGGCUUUCAUGGGUGAAACAUAAAGCUCUC